AUGCGUCGAAUAACGAGAAUAGAUAGGUCUGUUGACCUCUUACGUACCCGAUCUAUAUCACAAAAUCCAUUCGCAUAUCGUUGCUCAUCAUGCAGAAAUCAGACUUCUUCAUUCUCAACUUCUUUAAGAGGGGCAGACAAAGAAUCACUUGGCCAGCGAGUGCGACGAAGUCUGUUCAAACAAUCCACCGCCACAUCUUCAGAUCCUUACACCGGGCCUAGUCAACUGUUGGCGAAAGAAGCGGAACCAAAAUUUGAACGGAAAGAGAUAAGAGCACCUGAGGAUGCUGAAGAUUAUCAGCCGGCAGACAAUGGAAAGGAAUUGGAAGUUAUUGGUGGCUACGAGGCUUCCUGGGGCCAGGAGUUGGAUGCCCAGUAUCCAUACAAACUUUUCUUUCCAGAAGAAAAGAUCGAAAGUUCUGCAAAAACGACCGCAGCAUUGCAUCGUGCUUUAGUCGAAGUUUUCGCCUUGAGACAAGCUGGAAGGUCACUGUCGGAAAUUUCUCAGACUCAGCCCGGUAUUGAUUUUACUGAGAAUGUACAGAUCAAUCCUUCGGACUCGGGCGCUAUUUUACAGUUUUUAGAAAAUGGUUCUCUAGAACAGAUAAUCCAAUCAUUGGCACCCCCCAUGGCGCCUUCCAAAAAGAGCAAGCAAAAACGCAAAGCUCGUCUCGCUGCAACCUCAUCCAUCGAUGAGACUUCAGAGAAGACUGCGCCUACGGAGUCUGAAGAAGAUGUAGCUGCCGACAGGUCGCCCAUAGAUCCUUUACACCCAGCACCUACACCCAAGAUUGACGAGACUGUGAAGAAGGGAAACCCCACAGAAUCGGAAGCAGAUGUCGCUGCGGAUCGUUCAACCGUGGACCCAUUGAAGGAUAGUGCUGAAGCGCUGGUCGCAUCUUGGGGAAAUUCGUGGCUCCAGAUACCUCUCGCUGACCCAGCCAUCAAAUUUGCUGUUGUUAAACGCACAAUGCAAUUAACAGGUCAAAGAAUACCCGAUCAUGCAAUCAACCAUUCGAAUACGGUAGAAAAGCUCUUACAACACCUCAUCGCUCCACCCAAACCUCCAACCCUGAAUAAAGCCUUGGAAGAAGAACAGAUACUGUCAUUACCAAAUGUCAGUGUUAUUGGAAAGCGUGUUACACCAAUCGACAAGGAACGAAACAUUGGCAGGUUGAAGGUUAUCAGGCAAGAGUUCAAAUCUCGAGGAUUAUCACAAUCCCAAGACAGUGGGUGGACUGGUCGCCAGCGUAAUAAGGAAAUAUGACCUGUGUAAUUUGUACAGUACUCUAUCAUGACAAAAUGUAUUCUGCCACAAGAUUGUUAAAGCCAAUCGCGCACGUGCACUAUUCCUUGGCUUUGCACUGGUUAUUCUAUUCAGACUAUACUCCAGACUUCAAGAAGUGUUGUUGUUAAAUACCUGGCCGGUCAUGAUCACAUCUUCACGUUAUUUUAAUUCACUUUGCACUCUCCAGAGAGUCGUCCUGCAGUAGCUGUAUCCUUCUGACUGUUUUAUGCAGUGUCAUUCUAAACUUCUUAAUUCGCAACAGAAAUUCCGUUAAUUCCAACUCCCCUUUGCAGGUCCAAUUGUCGAUGACUCUGCUUGCGCCAUCCAUUGAGACUCACAAGCUGACUCCGUCAAGGCUACAUAUUUGAUCUAAUGACAUGUUAGAGAAACGUUUUUUCUUCUUAGGUUGUUGAACUAUCUUUUUACAACACCCUUCUCUGUAGAUGUUCGUCGCUUAUAUCACAUAUCUUCCGAGUUUCUCCCACAAGCUAGCUACCAUUCUUCUAUGGAAAUAAUAAAGUAUAUAGUGGAAUAUCUCAAAACAUUCGUUAUUCUUGACGACUCCGAAAUCUAGA